UUACUGCGUGAAGACAAGAUGUCGGCGGCAGGUCUGUGGGUGAUGGCGGCGGUGAUGGCGACGGCGACGGUGAGCGGCUCCAUGCCGGGCGGCCUCAACCCCGUGUCCGUCAACGACGCCGGCGUCGUGAACGCGUCCCUGGCGGCCGCUGAGGCUUACAACCGGGGAAGCAACGACAUGUACAGCAGCCGCGUCUCCAGGGUGGUGGAGGCCCAGACACAGGUAGUUGCCGGGAUAUUGUACCACCUGAAGGUGGAACUGAAAACCACCACCUGCAGGAAGUUGCAAGGGGCAUCGACUCAGUCCGCCAGUUGUCCCUUCCACCAGACGGCAAAGAAGAGACUCUGCGAGUUCAAGGUGUGGGAGCGAGUGUGGGUCGGGCCUCCGAAGGUGACGGUCGGAACCUGCACCCUCGUGACUGAGUGACCUGGACACGAUACACACUCACACCCACACGCGCACACACACACAGACACAUUCACACGCGUAUGCACGCUCAGAAACGUUCGCUUGCGUCCUCCGACACUCGCUCACAAUCUGUCACACUCGCGGUCCCUCCGACACACACGGCUCGCUCUUGCGCCUGCUCUCGCACACUUGCGUGCACACGAGAGUGACGUGCACGUGUGCAGCAGAGCGCAUUGUGCGCGGGGCACAUAGUCUCGCACAUGAUCAC